CUAGCUAAUUUAUUGAAUAUCAAUAUUUGCCACUGUUAUCCUUAGAGCAGAAAGCCAAUGCUUAUCAUUGAAUUUUUUGCGAGCAUUCAUCAAAAAGAAUAUAAUUUUUGGGAAACAGAAUAUUUCUGGUUAUAUGAGCUUUUCAUUAUAAAAAGUAAGAUUUUUAAUUUAUGAUAAUAUAAAUUUUUCAAACACAAUAGAAUAUUUUUCUCUUUAAAUAAUUACGAUUUUCGAGGCAUUUUUCAUUAAAAAAUAAAUACCUAAGAUUGAUAUAUAUGGCUCUUUAUUGUUCUGAUUAGUUUGAAUGUUCAGAUAAUGAUUAUGUAAGUAUUUAUAAUAAAAACAAUAGAACCAAUCCAACAUACAAAUGUAUAAUGAUGAUAAUGGAACAAAUUAAUAAAUGGCACUUUACUAAAAUCAUGUAAUCAUAUAUUAGAUAUCUUAGGGGACAAGCCAAUCAGUAAAAAUGAAAUAAAGCCAAAAUAAAGUUAAAGUAUCCAUUAAAGAUAAAUAAUAAAUGUGUUUCAGAUAAGAUCAAAGCGAUUAAGACUCUUAAAGAAUUUAGAAUACUUUUAAGGUCUCUUAAACCUAAUAUUCAAACCCAUAUAAUGGAUAGAAUUAGGUUGUUACCAAAUAUAAGGUCACCUAAAAGUCUAGAUUUAACUGAAAAAGAUGAGAAAGUGAUUCUAUAUUCAUUAAUAGAAUAAUUUAAAUUUUAUAU